UUGGGGGUUGAAGUUCGCUGCGGGGGUUCGACUGCCCCCCCCCCCUUAACCCAGGGGCUGCUCUUCAGGGGUCCCGGAGGGGGUCCUCGGGGGUCCCUUGGCGGCAGGGGGAGGCUUGGGGGUCGGGAGCGGGGAGGGAAAUCGACAGGGGGGGGGGCAUCAGCGGAGAUCGUCUUGAGUGACGCCGUGCGGGUCAGCAUUGCCAUGGCUGCCGCUUCCGGCAAGAAAGGAAAUCGCUCUGGCAAGGCCCCGCGGCGCGGCGACGUCUCCUCCGGCGCCCUGCCCGGCGGCGGCGGCGGCGGCGCCGGCGGCGGGCCGCCCUCCAUCUCCGACACGGAGCUGCUGUCCCUGCCGGUGCGCGAGCUGAACCGGCGUCUGCGCGCCGCGGGCCCCGAGGAGGCGGCGCGGCUGAAGACGCGCCGGCGCACGCUCAAGAACCGCGGCUACGCCGCCAACUGCCGGGCGCAGCGCUCGGAGCAGCGCGCCGUGCUCGAGGAGCAGCGCUCGCACCUGCAGGCCGAGGUGACGGCGCUGAGCCGUGAGGCGGGCGCCAUGCGCUCGCAGCUGGCGCGCAUGCAGGCGCAGUACCGCGCCCUGCAGAGCCUGGCGCGCGACACGGCCGCCGGCGGCGGUGCCGGCGCCGCCGAUGCUGCCGGGGACGGCGACGACGCUCGGAGCGACGGCGCGGACGGCGCCGGCGGCGGCGGGGACAGCGCUCGGAGCGACGGAUCAGCGGCGCGGCAGUAGACGCACGCGGCCACGUGGGUUGCGGGCUCUGUAGGCGGCCGGGGUCACCGGGGGUCACCGGGGGUCACCGGGGUCGUCGCGACGACGAGGAGACGAUGGGGGACGAGGCCGGUUCGUGGG